UUCCUGUUUGCAGGCUGCCACGAUGUGUGACGUUGUCGUUUACCGAGAAAACGAAACUUAAUUCGGUCAGGCGGAAUCGAGCUACGUAGAACACGGGGCAGUACAGUUGAGAUGAAAACUGAAACAUUAGCUAAUAGCUAAUAGCUAAUAUCGUGAAUGUUGCACUUUGAAAUGACAUUCCGACUGUAGGGAUAUGCAUAAUGGACGUAGCUAAGCUAAACGAGUAUGCUCAGAGGGAGCGGUUGUCGCUGAGGUAUGAGGACGUUGGAUCUGUUGGCCCGGAUCACAUUAAAACGUUUACAGUCAGAGCAAUCGUGAAUGGUAAUGUGUAUCCUGAUGGUGUGGGAAAUAACAAGAAGGAAGCCAAACAAAACGCAGCUACACAUGCCCUGAGGUGCUUGUUGGAGAAACCACCUGACCCUACCGAGAAGGUAGCUGAAGCUUCUACUGCACCAGUUCUACAAUCAAGUUUCACUCAGCCCAACUAUAUAAGUUGGCUAAAUGAAUAUGGUCAAAAGAAACGGCGUAUUAUAAGGGUAUCGGAGUCAACAAGACUGGGACAAAAUAAUGCUGCUCCAUGCUGUUGCUUCAUCGUUGGUGAUAAAGAGUAUCCAACUGCCACUGGGAGAACGAAAAAAGAAGCUAAAGAGGAAGCAGCCAAGCUUGCAUAUCAUGAGAUAUGUUGCAGUAAAACUACGGAGGCAUCUUUGUGCUCAGCUGCGUCUGAUGACGGGGCGCUUGCCAGGGUGUCCACGCCACCGAGCCCACUGGAGUUCCUUAAUCCCAAACAUAAAAGUCUGCCCAAGACUUCAACUGACUCAGCUGUUUUCUCAAAUUCAUCCAAUCUUCCUGAGGACAAGAUUCAAAGUCCAGACGUGAAGCCAAAAAUAAGAAUUGCAGCAAAUUUCAAAAAUUCCCCCAGAAACAGCAAAGAUGAUGUGAUCAAUUUCAAUGACAAGAAGACAGGAAGUAGUCCAAGUAAGGAAACUACAAAGCAGUCAGUGAAUUCAAGGUUCACAUCUGAUUUUGACUCCAUUGUGCGCCUCGGCAGCGGAAGCUUCGGUCGUGUUUAUAAGGCACAACAAAAACUGCUAAGGAAGGAUUAUGCUAUAAAGAUUGUCCCUUGCAAAGAGAUCAAAAAAGUUCUAGGAGAAGUGACAGCAUUGUCAGACCUCCAUCACAGCAACAUCGUGCGAUACUACACCUGUUGGUUGGAGGAUUCAGGAUACCAAUGGGACAGCAAAGAUGACAGUGGCAGUUCCUCACAGUCAACCGGUAAUAAGUUCUUUUAUAUUCAGAUGGAGUUGUGUGACACUACACUCAGAGUGUGGAUAGACCAGAAGAAUGUUCAGAAUGUGAAGAAAUCACUGCGAGACUCCAAGAGAAGAGAAGAGGGUCUAAGUAUUGCUCAGCAAAUAGUCAGCGGAGUCGAGUACAUUCACUCCAAGAUGCUCAUACACAGGGACCUGAAGCCUGCCAACAUCAUGUUUGGGCAAAAUAGAGAAGUGAAGAUCGGAGACUUUGGUCUGGUCACGGAUGAGAACGACGACGAUGCUGACAACCUGAGGGAGAGAAUGGUGUACAAAGGAACCCCGGGAUACAUGGCUCCAGAGCAGAAACACAGGCGCACGAGUUAUGAUCGAAAAGUGGACAUAUUUGCUUUGGGGUUGAUCUUUUUUGAAGUCUUUUGGAAGAUCUUACUUGAUGAAAGGAAACCGAUUUGGGAUGAUGCCAGAGACCAGACGUUACCUCAAGGGUUUCAACAACAUUUUCCACUGGAGAGCAAAAUCAUCAUGUCAAUGCUGUGCGAGAAGCCCCAACACCGACCUGAAGCAAGUAAACUAAAGACAGACUUUGAAGAGUGCGCUCGUAGAUUGACAUGUCUUAAAGAUAUGUGCCUCAACAGUCAGACUUUUUGAUUAUUUCAAGAAAAUCAAUAAACAACAGGCAAAAGCAUCAGUCAUCACAUGCAUGGCUAUUCAGCAUCAUAUUCCAUAACACUGAGAGUUUUCAUUUCCUAAAAGGGGUAUCUGUUUAAAUGACUGAUGUUUUCAUGAACUAAUAUGACAAAUGUUUCAUAAUUAUGUAUCAUUGAUUGGGAAUGGCGCACAGAAAUGGGUCAUUCUGUGUAAAAUCUACCAAAGUACAAUACAUUUACUUGAGAAAAACAAUUAGCUCUGUAUUUUAAUUGACAAGAUUUAUUCUGCUCUGUUUUCUAAAACAACAAGUUAUCUCAAAAUCCUAAGAGAAGCUCUCCUUUUCUUCAUGGCUCUUUUUCAUGGGAGAAAACAUGUCCUGCUUGUUAGGUUUAAUACAGUUUAUUUUGUGUUUGAUAUGUUACAUAUGGAGAUACACUUGUCUCUAAGUAAUAUAGAAGAUAUUGUUGUAAAAAUGUUGUAGAGUUUCUCCAGGAUCAGUUGAACUAAGUCUUGCUUCACAGAUAUAAGAGGAUGCAUCUGAAAAACAUUUGGGUUGACUGGGAGGGGAAUUAGUAGAUGGCAGUCAAGCAGUUGCCCCUUUGUUAAUCUCAAGUCUUCUAUAGGUUUCUCAGUGCUGGAAUAAAUUUACCAGGCAUGUUUGCUUCCAUGAAAUCGGACUAUCAAGUUAACAAGAGCUUCUCUUAGGAUUUAAAGGCAUCUGGUUAAUUUCGAAUAAUGAAGCAGAGUUGUUUUUUCAAAACUGCUGAACUUUUCAUGGAAUUCUGAUAAAAUCAUAUUAAUAUUUUUCUCCAGUGAGUGCUUUAUGACUUAUCAGACAAAGGUUUUGUUUAAAUUUUAAAUUUUGCUCAAACAUUAAAUAUGUAUGCCCCAGAUUUGUUAAAAGCAGGCGGGAAGUCGAAGUUCAGUUCAGACUGGCAAACAAAGAGAUGUAUUUUUAGGGCUGCCCUGUGCACUUAUACUGUAAAGGUACAGAUAAAUACUAGAGGCACUACACACAUCCGCAUUUCCCUCACCGGUAAUGUAAUACCGGUGAAGGACAGGCCUGCUACUUUGUAAAAGAAAAUAUACCCCCAUAGAGACAACCCAUCGUGGCCAUUUGCAGACAUGGUUGUGCUGUGGAGGGGAUUUUGAUGCGCGUCUAUUUGCACUUUACGGCUUCUACAGAACGGCUUAUCCAACGGACCUCGCGCGCUGCACUCCACUCCCUCUGGUCCACAGAAAUACAUGGCAACCAUGAAGUGGAUCGGUCCUCACAUAUAUACACCGAGGCGUCUGUCAUUAUCGUAGCAUAUUAUGCCAUUUGAGACAAAAAAAAGCAUUGUUUGUCAAAUAUGUUUUUUGGCCCCUGGGUCUUCAGUCAUAUUCCUACCAAGAACCACAUCUUAGACAGGUGGACAUAUUUGGUCUUAAAUACCUUCAAUUAAACCUUGGCAUAACUCGUAAAACCUUAAAUGUGGUAGAGGCAUAAAAAAGACUAUACACACUGGAUCAAAAUGAUGAAAGUGAACAAGCAGAUGUCAUACAUUUCAUUACAGGCCCUUGAAAUUGGAAAAAAGCCAAAUAUGUGGAUUUGGGUCCCCAGGCAGUAUGCACCCCCAAAGUAUAUAUAUAUGGACAUCUCUAUAUUUCCUGCUAAAAACAAAGUGUUGGAUUAAUGUUGUGACACAUUUCAAGGGCUCUAACAUCAGAAUGUUGAGAUGUGGCAAGAUUGGUAAUGUGGAUUCAUUGCUAGAACCUUGAAAAUGUGUGUGAAAAGGGGUCUUUAUGUGGGUAUUUUGUGCGUUAAGUAACAAUUGUCUACCAUGUAGUCUACAUGUUAAAAUUGAGCAAACGGAGGCUUUAAGCACAAUCAACUACCUGGCAUACCAUCGAGGUCCCGGUGAACUUUUUUCAGUGCUAAGUAACUGUAUUGAGUUGUUGUGUUGAAAUGUUUACAUGCUACAUGUUACAUGCUCCAUGGAAGUAGCUUUUGAGCACUUCCUUUAUGCAAAUAUGUGUAUUGAGAUACAUUUUGAGAGUAUGUCUUUACUUGUAGGUAGGAUUAAUCUCACCCUCACUUGCAAAAUGCAGGUAUAUACAUGGGUACUCGGUUUAUAGAUGCCGCAUCUUGUUAAAUUUAAACGUGAAGACAACAUGUAAGGAACUUGAAACUUUACACACAGAAUGCGCACUUAUAGACCUUUUUUUACACACAUUUUCAGGGUUGCAGGAAUGAUUCCACAUCACCAUUUAGGCCCCGUCCACACGGAGACGAAAACGAACUGAGGUCGAUAUCAAAAAAGUGUCCGUCCACACGAGACUGCUGGAGACGCUGUAGUACAUAUGCCGGGCCUGUAAGUGGCGCUGUACUUCCGCCACAAAAUACACCAAAAGCAGCAAAUAAGACCCCUCCUGCAUGGUUGCCUGGUUGCCCUUCUGGUUAUUCUCCGCGGUGGAUUUAGCAGCUAGGAGAACUGCAUUUUAGCAACAUGUAGUUCAUGUAGUUCUCCAUGUCCACUUGUUGCUGAUGGUUGUGGACCUUCCCACUUUGGGAUGCGUUAUCGUUUGAGGGCUACAUUUCCGCGGUUCCGUUACGGCCUCGUGUGCACGAACCGUCCAUACGAUAAAGAACUAUAGCGGAUAACACCCGUUUCGUCUCCGUGUGGACAGGGCCUUAGGCUGCUCAAAAAGGCAACAGAUUACAAUUUUGACAUGUCAAAUUGCAACAAGUCAGAUUAUGUUUAUGUUAGAGCCCCUGCAAUUUGGUAUAACAUCAAUCAAUUACUGUAAUGCAUGAAAAUGUCCAUAUGUGUAAAUUUAGGAGGACUGCCUGUGGCCCCAAAAGCACCAAUUAUGCACUUUUUUUUAUUUCAAGGGCCAGUAAUACAAAUAUGACAUCUGCUUGUGCCUUUUAACCAUUUGUAUUUUGUGGUUAACAUUUUAUCUGUGUUUCUACCAAAUUUUAAGGCUCUAGGAGUUGUAUUUAUUAAGAUUCUGAACGCUGAAAAGGGCUUCUUUUCUGACACAUUUUUAGUGGGUGGAAAUUACAAAAUUCCCGGUGGAAAUCUAUUCUGCAAAAAUAUAAAACAACAUUUAUUUUUUGGUUUUAAUCAUCAUAUAUUUAUAUAUAUAUAUAUAUAUUUAUAUUUAUAUAUAUAUAUAUAAAUAAAUAUAUAUAUAUAUAUAUAUAUAUAUAAUGUUUCGACCAAAUAUAUGAUAUAAAUAAGAACCUCCGUCUGAUUUGACAUACGGCAAUUUUAACUUUUAACAAAUAAUUAAUUCAUGGUCAAGUUAUCAACUCAUUGAAACAAUGUAUUCCACGCUGCAUGUCUGGGUUCAAGUUGUCAAAUUAAACCCUUUGCUUUUAAUGACUUGUCUGAAUAAAAUGUUGGCAACAAGGGUCUGAUGGUCAUCAGUCCUCUGUAAAGUGUUGCACAAUCUCUGCUGCAUGACGUGGAUUCCUCUGCUUAUGAUAUGCUUUGUUUACAUUAAAAUGAGUCUGUACCGGUAUUUGAUCACCUCUGAAUAAGGGAAUGUGCCCUUGUUCCAGAAAAAUUCAAACAUUUGAUGAUAACGACUUUAAAAUGCUGAAUCUUCAACAUAACCAUGUUUAAGUACUUAGUUAUAGCAUUUCUGACAUAAAGGAAUUACACUCAA